GAUAAAAGACGACACAUAUCCAAGAGGCGAACUAUACUGAAGUAGACGCAAAGCGAGCGGCGCCGACUUCGACUGACUUCAUCAGUGGAUCUACCGCGGUCUCUGGCGUGCAGCAUAAAUGCAGGACUACUGCCGAAGGCUGCCAAGACCAUAUCUAGCGCUGUUGCUAAUACUGGCCGCACUCGCUUGCUACCUAAUAGCAAACGAACACAGUCGGAGAAAGGACACAUGGGAUUACCGAGGAAGAACUGCAGAUGCCUGGACAGUCAGCGCGCCACAGCAGAGGUCAGAGUUCUCCCGAAUCUUCUUUCUCGAGACCGGAGGUCACGGACUGAUCACUGCGCGGAUCGCCUGUGCUGUCGAGUCAGCGGCGAGGUUGCACCCUAACUGGACUGUGUACCUCCUGUCCGUGGCCGGCAGCGAAGAAGCCUCGAAGGGUAACGCCACGUUCGCGGGUCCUUUCACUCAGAUGCUGCGCACCAUUCCGAACGUCGCAAUGAGCGCUAUCAGGCCGAAGGAGGUGUUCCAGGAGACGCCAUUGGAGUUGUGGUACGAAUCUGACAUCCUGAACAAGAGUGCCUUCCCCGUCGAGCACCUGGCCGAUGCUCUCAGGCUGGCGGUGUUGUACAAGCAAGGCGGCGUGUACCUCGACAUCGACGUCAUCGUGAUGCGGUCGCUGGACUCGCUGCCCUCUUGCGUCUGCCAGUCGCCAGUGGAGAAUGGCGACAUGGUGAGCAACGGCUUCUUGGCUUUUAGCCGAGGCGAUCCCUUUCUGCUGUACCUGAUGUUACGCGCACGCGAAGUCUACAGGCCGGAAGAGUGGAGCUCCAUUGGACCCCAGCUGCUGCGUCGGGUAACGCUGGCCCAAUGCGGGGCCCGCAAUGUGAAAGCGCUGCUCGGACGCCGAUGUCGCGGCGACACGGGCUUCACGGUGAUACCCCACUGGAUGUUCCUGCCAGUGCCUUACGACCGGUGGGAAUCGUUCUUCGUCGCCAAUGCUAGUCGUGAGGCGUGGCUCAUGUCCUCUGCGAGCUACGUCAUGCACGUCUACAACAAAAUGAGCUCGAAGGUGCCUGCAGUACCUGGCUCCGCAUACAGGCAAGCGGCCGAGAUCUACUGCCCAGACAGUUUGCGGCUGUCGUUGCAAAGCCAGAACACCUUCUGACAUUGUCAUCCGGGAAAUGUAUUCAAGCGUUUUGUACGCGCCAAGGCGCCCACAGCAAUGUGGCCGUGGACUUCUGCCGAGGCCACAGUUUCAUACUAACUUGCAAACCUGGGUAAAAGUGGCUCUGCAAUUGCUCAACCACCAUAGAGAACUAAUUUAUUAAGGUGAAAGCAUUAUGUGGCUCAUGGGUAAAAAAAAUGACCGUCCGGCGUUAUGACAUCAAAAUUCAAGCGCAUGCGCCAGUAUUUCUCUGUCAAUAAAAGAGCUCGAUUAUCUCUGUUCGUGUUGAACGUACAGCCUUCUAAAUAAUCAGUGUAGCCACAAAAGUGUCUGCGUGUGGUUUUCCCGGUUUUGUUCAUAUUUGCCGAGCAAUGUGCACGUGUCUAGUGAUGUUUUGAGGAGCACCUGCGAGAAUUGGAAAUAAAUCUGUUGCGAAAAUUUAGCGCUAUGUGUAUG